GUCAUCGCAAAUUUGCACUGUAUUGGUGUCUUCAGUCUUCACAUCUGAAGUUCUGAACCCUCUUCUGGCCACAUCGAGUUCCUCCUCUCCUACUCGGGGUCGCCGUGCCGCCGCCGCCGUUGGAGGGGCGAGAGGGAGAUGGAUCACCACCACCCGCAGCAGCCGCAGCACUACGGCGACCCUUACCGCGGGCUGGUGCUGUCCCCGCAGCCCGACCACCACCUCCACGCUCUUCAGUACCACCACCAUCCGCAGCCGGCUCUGAUGUCUCCACCGCAGGCGCAGCCGCAACCGCAGCCAGGCCUGAUGUCUCCACCGCAGCCGCAGCCGCAGCCGCAGCCGCAGCCGGGGCUGAUGUCUCCGCCACAGCCGCAACAGCAUCACCAUGCAUCGCUCGCCUCCCACUUCCACCUCCUUCAUUUGGUCACAAGAUUAGCUGAUGCGAUUGGUACUGGAACAAGGGAUCAAAAUUUUGAUGCACUGGUGGAAGAGUUGACCAGCCAAUUUGCCAGGUGCCAACAAUUGUUGAACUCCAUAUCAGGAACAAUAAGUUCAAAAUCUACUACGGUCGAGGGACAAAGGCAGAGUUUGGAUGAAACACGGCAGCUGCUUGACCAAAGAAAGGAGUUGAUUACAAAAUACAGAAGCUCAAUCGAAGACCUCCUCAAGGGUGAUACAAGAUGAAAUGAAAACCAUCAUAGUGCUUUGAUAUUUGGUAGUUACUGUCACCAAUAGUUGAAAUCCCUUUGUAUUUGAAUUUUCUGGUAUGGGCAACUGGAAGAUGGUCCGGAGUAGGGGCCUCGCGUUGUGAUGUGGGAAUUGAAGUAAUGCACUCAGAAUGUCGAAAUGUAUACUGGAAUACCUUACAGGACCCGAUUGAGUAAUUAAUUAUCACGGGAUGAGCUGAUGGACCACCUCAUCCUACACAGCUA